AUGGAAACCACGAGCACAACAAGAACAUGUACGAAGGCGGAGUUGCUAGAGGCAGCUGGGAAGAUCAGGGGCUGGACCUGUGAGAAGUACGGCUCCAUGAAUCCCCGCCACGUCGAACAGUACGGCUUCCCGACCCGGCUGAGCUCCGAUGCCAUUAAUUGUAUCCAAAACUGGAUUGAUACCGACACGGCGUGGUGUCAUUUCCAGGGCACGAGCCUGGAUUUUGCCAAUGUGACGCUCACCGUCUGCGAAAAGAUGAAAAAGGCAGCGACCGCCACAGGCAAUGAUCCCGCCAAGGUUCUGGUCUGGUUUACCGGAGACCCUGAUUGCGUUGACGCCAAACUGCUCAGCAGCAGUUAUGACCUCUUCGUCGACGACAACAAGGAGGAGAAGCAGCAGCAGCAGCGCAAGUCAGGGCCCGAAAUCCGCGUCUUGGCCUUGGUAUACUCGCUCCUGGACCAAAUGAUCUCGGCGCUGCCGGACCAUUGCCAGAACGGAGACCUCCACGACGCGAUCUUUGACGCAGAGGUCCUCGAGUCGAUUCAGAAGAUUGACGGGACUGCCGCCACGGCGCCGCUGGCCCUGUCCGCCGUGGCUCAGCUGCUCAACAUCCUGGGCGACGGCGUGACCGUCAUGAUCAAUGCCGUGGACCAUAUAUGGACCAGCUCAGACAACGACGGCGACGAGGACGACGACGACCAGAUGCCCAGGAAAUCCCAAAAUAUUCUCGACGGUCUCAUGAGCGCGCUGGGCCAUAACCGCCACCGGAUGCGGCUGUGGGUAUCGUACUACAACGGAAGGGGGCGCAGCGUGUACCGCGAGACGGGAUACAGCAAAAAGCACAACUUUCGCUUCCAGUCGAUUGCCGGGAAGCUCAUAGUGAAUCUCGGACAUCCGCUUACGGAAUUGCGGUUUCCCGAGACAAAAAGGGGCUCCUGGAAAACAAAACCAACAGGGCACGCAUCGACGACGCAGCGCUUUGCUCUGUAA